UUCGUGUGUAGGGUUAGCUGGCUCAACGCAGCAGCAGCAACACAGGCAGUACUGUUUACUGACCGGCUGCUCCUCGUAGCAGGUAGCAUAUAGUGAAAAAACAAAAACGUGUCGUUAUAUCUAACGGUUUGUACAAAGCUGUCACGGCGCACCGUCUGUUCUGAACCAGAGUAAACCGGAGCUGAAAUGCGAACGUAGCCGUUAGCAAGCGAGCCAGGCCGAGGAGAACUGGCCGGGCUGUCUCAUUCAUCCGGACAGGAGCAUAAAUGUUUCACACAGACCGGUUCACCGAGUUGGUUGUCGACGCUGGAGAGGAUGCGCAAGGACGUGAGGAUAUUAUUAGUGGGAGAGCCCAAGGUGGGGAAGACAUCUCUCAUCAUGUCGCUGGUCAGCGAGGAGUUCCCAGAUGUGGUGCCCUACCGAGCUGAGGAAAUCACCAUACCUGCAGAUGUGACACCGGAGAGAGUUCCCACACACAUUGUGGACUAUUCAGAGGCAGAGCAGACAGACGAGCAGCUCUUUCAGGAGAUCUCUAAGGCAAAUGUGAUUUGCAUUGUCUACUCUGUCAACAACAAGAAGUCCAUAGAAAAGGUGACCAGCCACUGGAUCCCCCUUAUUACUGAGAACACGGACAAGGACAGCAGGGUACCUCUGAUCCUGGUGGGGAACAAGUCGGACCUGGUGGAACACAGCAGCAUGGAGACCAUACUGCCCAUAAUGAACCAGUACAGUGAGAUAGAGACAUGUGUUGAGUGUUCAGCAAAGAACCUGAAGAACAUAUCAGAAUUGUUCUACUACGCCCAAAAAGCAGUUCUGCACCCCACUGGUCCCCUCUACUGUCCAGAGAAAAAAGACAUGAAGCCGCUUUGUGUAAAAGCUCUCACUCGAAUCUUCAAAGUGUCUGACCUGGACAAUGACGGGAUUCUCAAUGAUAAUGAGCUCAACUUCUUUCAGCGGACAUGCUUCAACACCCCACUAGAGCCUCAGGCUUUAGAGGAUGUAAAAAACGUGGUGAGGAAGAAUUUGAACGAUGGAGUGUGUGAUAAUGGACUCACUUUGAAAGGUUUCCUGUUCCUCCACACCCUGUUCAUUCAACGAGGUCGUCACGAAACAACCUGGACUGUGCUGAGGAGGUUCGGAUACGACGAUGACCUGGAGUUAAAUCAGGAUUACCUCUUCCCACCACUGAAAAUUCCUCCAGACUGCACCACAGAGCUCAACCACAAUGCCUACCUCUUCCUCCAGAGCGUCUUUGACAAACAUGACAAGGACCGUGACUGUGCCUUGUCGCCAGAGGAGCUGAGGGACCUGUUUGAUGUUUUUCCCUACAUGCCCUGGGGUCCAGAUGUCAAUAACACAGUUUGCACUAAUGACAAUGGCUGGAUCACCUACCAGGGGUACCUCUCCCAGUGGACACUAACAACAUAUCUCGACGUCCAGCGAUGCCUGGAGUAUUUGGGUUACCUUGGUUACUCAAUAAUUGCUGAACAGGAGUCUCAAGCAUCAGGAAUUACAGUGACCAGAGAUAAGAAGAUUGACCUGCAGAAGAAGCAGACCCAGCGCAACGUCUUCCGCUGUAAUGUCUUUGGAGAUAUUGGUAGCGGCAAGAGUGGUUUCCUCCAAGCUUUCCUGGGUAGAAACCUCAUGGUCCAAAAAAUGAUUAGAGAGGAACACCGAUCCUACUACGCCAUCAGCACAACAUAUGUUUACGGCCAGGAGAAAUACCUUCUUCUUCAUGAAGUGUUCCCUGACUUUGACUACCUGUCUGAUGCUGAUAUGGCCUGUGAUAUUGUCUGCCUGGUCUAUGAUGUCAGCAACCCUUACUCCUUUGAAUACUGCGCCAAAGUCUUCAAGCAAUACUUCAUGGACAGCAAGAUACCGUGCAUGAUGAUAGCAGCGAAGUCAGACCUGCCAGAGAUCAAACAGAUGUAUGGCUGCAGUCCUCUGGAGUUCUGUAGGAGGCACAAGAUGCCACCUCCACAGUCCUUCACCUGUAACACAGCAGCAGCGCCGAGCAGAGACAUCUACACCAAACUUACCACGAUGGCCAUGUACCCCCACGCCCGGCUGCGCUGCAUGUGCACUUGUAACCGGUGCACCUUCUGCUUGUGUCAGAACUUCCUCAACUCUGAGCUGCUGCAGACGGUUAGGGCCAAACUCUACGCUGUCAUACUCAGAAGACACGUGAGCCAAGCAGACCUGAAGAGCUCGACCUUCUGGCUCAGAGCAAGUGUCGGGGCCACAGUGUUUGCAGUGCUGGGCUUCACCAUGUACAGGGUGCUGCUCAAACCACGGUGAUCCUCGAGCACUUGGGUCCAUCCUACUUUUCCCAUGGUACAUAUAAAGCUAUUUUGACCGGUCACAACAUUAGGUUUUCCUGUUUGCUUUAAGUAAAUGAAAAACUUAUGGAAAAUCUGUCACAGUUUUGUAGUUUAAAUGUAUUUGUUUGUUUUUUGCGGGAAGAAAAUGUGUGGAAACUUACCUUAGCAGACUUUCUUUUUGCGUUUUCCUUCCACUGUAAUUUUCUCUUCUUGGGGGAUAAGUGAAAAAUAUUUAAUUUUCUACCAAAACUGCUAAUUUGCUUUAUCUGUUUGUCUGCAAGUAUUUGGAAAGUAAAGCAAAAAUAUUUAGAUUUAUAUAUAAAAAAAAAUGAGACUAAGCUGCUGAUGAGCUGUAGUGAGAUGCAUAUGAGUGAGUUACAAAUAGAGCUAUUUUUUUGGUUGCUUGCUGUUUGAAUUGAUGAACAACUCGGUGUCUCUUGCAACUGGGGAUUGCGAUAUGUGAAGUAUGCGAUAGAACUGAUGCUUUUACUCGACUGAACAAUAUGUAAAUGAUGUACAUAACAUAGUAGACUCUACAUUUCUUUGUCCAAAAGGGUCGUGUCUGACUCACACUAAUAGCCAGGUCACGAACUUGCACAAACAUUAGUAUCGAUUUCUCACACUGACAGAAUAACGGUUUGUCUUUCAUGGCCAAACACUUGGACGCACAUUUUUUUUUUUUUCAAAUUUGUACCUCUGAGCAUGUCAGUGUCUCAUUGGCAGAUGUGAAUGUGUGGAAUGAAGGCUCUCUUUCAACUCUCUCUCUCGUCUUCAAAUGUUGAUCACUUUAUUUGCCGGGUCGUCUGUGUAUGUGUGUUUAUAAGCUAAGGUAUCAAAAAUUUACACUGUACAGCCAUCCUCUAUGUUUUGUCUUUGCAUGCUUCCGAAUUUCCGACCACAUUCCAGUAUUUUCAGGUUUCCUUUACAAAAAAAUGGCUGUGCCAACGUCUCUACAUUGUUCGCUAUAACCGAGGGUUGCAGUUAUGUUUUUAGGAGUGCUGAACAGAGGAUAGUUGUGUCUUGAGUCAUAGUGACGUUUGACGGUCGUUUGAUCCUCGUUGUGAUUCCUGGUCAGUUCUCCUAAUGGCAGAAGAUGCAAAAAUGUGGCCCCAGAUGUUAAUUUCCAUAUAAACCGUAACAGCUUGCCACAAGGUUCGGUUUGGUGUAUCCUCUCAGCCCUGCCUUUCCAAAAGUUUACAAUAAACAAAUAUGUCUGUUA